AUGGACAAUCAUGGACGCCCAGCAGUACAGGUGGUCAUUAAUGGCCAUCCACAGCUACAGCAGGCUCCUGAAUCGGGGGUAGGACUGCAAUACGCAAGUUUAUUGGGAUACAGGCCGCUGUCAGUCGAUGAGGCGCUCCAGUACUCGUCCAUGUCCAGCGCUCCUAUCUUUGGCCUUGAUUGCGUUAUUCGUCCCGAUGUUGGCAGACCGUCUAAUACCACCUCAAUCGAACAUGUCCUACAAGCUGGCCGAAUAACCCUCAGUGAGCUGGAUGCGGAGAUUGAUAACGGCUUGGACGAGUCCAGUCAACUGGAGACGUCCCGAGAAUAUCUACAACAAUUACUGGAAGGCGAUCGGUUGACAGAGUUCAACUUCAAGGUUCCGCUGUCCCAUGCCCUCAGUCCGAAGUCACAUACAACCACCUCGAACGGAUCCGCGUCCUGUCGCAGCCAUUUGGGGGCUUUCGCUCGCAUGAUAUUAGAGUCCACCGAUAUUCCGUUCAGAUAUCCUCCCACAGCCACACUACCAAACAAUCAACAAAACACACGGGGUUUCCCCAACCCUGCGGCGUCGUGGAACAAACAGGCGUACUUAGCGAACAGCUCAAGUACAGCUUUCUAUGAGAAACCGCACCAACCGUCGAGUCAGGUAUCCGUGGUCAUCCCAAUGAAACCGACGCCAACGAAAUCCUCCAAGUCCAAAACCAGCCACCAAGAUGAAGUGACUGCGCGGCGAUUGAGAGAUCAAAAAGCGGAGGCAGACGACGCCCUGCUCAAGCUGCAAGAUGUUCUCCAUGAGAUAUUCGAGGCCGAGGACCAGAUUGAGCCAGGCCAAUCCCUUGCGCCUACCGCUGACAAGCCGAAUCCUAUUUUCGUCAACUUCAGAUCAUUGGAAGUUGAUGGCCCAGUCUUGUCGUCUGAAACCCAUAAUCGCUUGCAAAAGGCUAUUCGCAAAGUCUCCGGAUUCGAUCGACUUCAAGAUAUCCCUUCAGACUACCUCAAACGAAUCCAAAAAUUGUGCGAAAAGCCGAUCUCUGCCGCUCAAUCUGCUCAAAUUACUCUGCAUGAUCCCUCAAAUGAAGCCGAGGUCCAAGAAUGGCUUGGCAAAGUCGAAGAAGUGAUUAAUGGUUUGCUGGCUAUUGCUACACUACUGCAAACAAUGUCCGGGCGUCAAACAGAGCGAGAUCUUUGUCCUGAAGAUUUGAUUGAAGCCAUACCCCCGGUUGUUGAGCAACUAUUCGACUACUGCAUCAUCCCAGCGGUCGAAUCGCGCCCAGGAGGCAAAGACGCCGAACUUUUCAAGUUCUUCUCAGCCCAACGACGGAUAAUCGCAAGCCUGAUUCACCAAAGCAAGAAAGCAUUGACACUGUUCGCGGACUUCUUGUCCCGCGUUGAAGUACCCGAGAGCUCCAUCAACUCGGCCUUGUUUUUCGCCGCCAAGUUGAUCUUUGUCGAGAACGCGCACAAUGAAAAAGACUCCGCUGUUGGAUCUUCGAAGUUCGAGCCAGCAAGACGUGGAGCUAUGGAUGUCCUUGCUAAAAUCUUUUCGCGGUACCCUGCCCAACGUUCCUAUAUCUUAGAUCAGAUUUUAGGAUCGCUAGAAAAACUUCCCUCUACCCGUCAAAGCGCCAGACAAUUCAAAAUAGCCGACGGCAAGAAUAUUCAGCUUCUGACAGCCUUGGUUCUCCAGCUCGUUCAGACAACCGCACUUGAGACGUCGUCACGUUCCAACAGCAAGCGUCGACUGCAGGCUUCAGCCGAUGACGACGAGGAUGAAGUGAUGGAUGAGGCUUCCAAUGAACACGACUGGGACCAAGACGACGAGGAUGAUAUUGGGGUGAUUUUAGAUCGUUUAGCGGUCAGAGUGAACAGACUCUACGAUAAUGCAAUCCGCAGCGCCCAAUACAUAGUUGGUUUCAUCGUCCAACGAGCUAUAAAUGCGACGAAGAGUGGCGAUCAGCCCUUCCGAAACAUUCUUGACCUGUUUACGGAAGACCUCAUCAACGUGCUUGGCUCCACCGAUUGGCCAGCAUCUGAGCUCCUUCUUCGAAUCAUGGCAUCCCACAUGGUCGGUAUCGCGGAUCAGGACAAAAGCUCAGCUCAGGCGAAGAGCAUGGCUCUGGAGCUCCUCGGGUGGAUGGGAUCGGCCAUUUCCGACCUUAUUUCAAACGCUCAACACAUGCUUCCCGCCCUAGAGGACAAUGAUUUGAAUGACUCCCUCAAGCAGUUGUUCGACGACUUCACUUCCCGUGCGCUCCACCCGCAGGAUCUGGUUGCGACUGAUGGUCCGUACAGAAUGGUACUGGAGUAUCUUCUCCAAGACAAGAGCUCCGAUAACUCUCAGUUGACGAGCACGAGGGGUUUCUUUAUGGCCGCAUGGGCAAAGGUGGUUUGCAAUCUCUCCUGGAACUCUGAGGACAAGGAAGAUGUCCCGGAAGAUAGCGCGACCGGCGAACUGGUGGUUCUCCUAUCAAGGGCUUUAUCAGACUCCCUAUAUCUGGAAUCUCACAGGAAAUUCACUUCGAUCUCCAGUGCCAGCGGGCGGUUUGCCUACAUCUUGACGGUGCUGAAUUCUGGAUUUGGAAAGGCAUUUGACACAAUUCUCAAGGUCCUGCUCAACUCCAUUGCAAGUGAUCAAGCUAAGGUCCGUAGCAGGAGUUUGAAAAGUGUCAUUGAAAUGCUUGAAAAAGAUCCGAACCUGCUCGAUCGCGACGCUUCUGUUAUGCGGUUAAUUCUCCGUUGCACCACAGACGCUUCCCCUAUGGUCCGCGAUUCGGCUCUCUCCUUGAUCGCCAAAUGCAUCGGUCUUCGGCCUAAGCUCGAGGAGCAAGGGUGUCGAAGUAUCCUCGCUUGCGCUGGUGACGCCACGGCCGGUGUUCGAAAGCGUUGUAUUGGUCUGUUACGGGAACUGUACCAGAAGACAUCUCGCCAGGAGCUGAAGUUAGCCACAUUGGACAGUUUCCUUCAGCGGACCGGGGAUCUCGAUGAAAGCGUAGCAACCUUGGCUCGCCAGACCUUUGAAGAGAUAUGGCUUGUCCCAUUUCAUGAAUCUAUCGAUUCUCUUUCUGAUGGGCCGAAGGUUAGAAUGGCGCUCGGCGAGCAUGUUGGACUGAUUAUCAGCCUAGUCGAGCGCAGCGAGACUGCCCUCGAUUCCCUUGGCACGUGCGUCAGCGCAGUGCUUUCUAGCAAGUCCAAGUCGGCAGCCUUGAACUUCAAAGUAUGCAAAUCAAUGGUUUCCACAAUGUUCCAGAGGCUCGUGGAAGAUGCGGAUGCGUCUCAAGAGUUCAAGCAAGCUUUAUUGCAAACAAUUACUGUCUUUGCAAAAGCCAACGCCAAGUUAUUCAGCCCUGAUCAGCUGGAAGCCCUGCAUCCCUACAUCGGCAAUCUGGCCAGCGCUGACGAUCUGUUCUUGUUUCGAUCGGUCGUUGUGAUCUACCGAUGUGUUCUGCCGUAUUUGUCCUCCGCCCACAAUAGGUUGCUCAAAGAUGUCCAGAAUGAUCUCUUCAAGAGCGUGGCAAAACUGGGACGCCCCGAGUUGAACGAGGUCAUGGCCUGUCUCUGGACAAUAAAUGGAGUGUUGCAAAAUACCGAUCGACUUGUCAAAUUAACAUUGUCUGUGUUGAAGCCUUUGCAACAGUACAGGACUGUUGACAUGUCCUCUUCUGCCAACGCAAAGGUACUGGCCCGUGCGAAGAGCUACAUCAGAAUCGCGGGCUGUGUCGGACGUCACUGCGAUCUUGAGAAGUACAUCGCACAUUUCCGGAAUGCAUUCCCCACAUGGAGCAGUGGUUCGGGCGGCUCUGUUGCGUCCUUGAUGGUGGACUGCAUUCUUCCAUUUACAGAGUCCACUCAGCCUACCGAGCUUCGAGUGACAGCUCUCGAAAGUGUAGGUGCCAUUUGCCAGUCAUGGCCAGCGCAAUUUGGUCGUGAGCCGACACGGAGCACCUUCUCUCAGGUCUUGAGUGAAGGUUCCCCAGGCCUACAACACAUCGUACUUCGCUCCUUUGCAGACUUCUUCUUCAUUCACGAAGGUAAGUCCGAAAAGGGCGUGGUUCCAACUGCAGAAACCGUUGCCCAGGAAGAAUCUACCCGACUUGGAGGGUCCUUGAAGGCGAGUGACAAUGAUGGUGCGGCUGCAUUGAUUGCGCAGCACUUUUUGAAAGAUAUGCUUCAGGUUGCACAGUCACGACAAGAUGCCUACGCUUUGACUGCGAUUGAGCUCAUCGCCAGCAUCAACCGCCAAGGGUUGGUCCAUCCAAAGGAGUGUGCGGGCGUUCUGGUGUCCCUGGAGACUUCCACGGACCCUAAAAUUGCCAAGGUAGCCUUCGACACGCACAAAAUGAUUCACCAGCAAUUCGAGUCUAUGUUUGAACGAGAAUACAUGAGGGCUGUUCAAGAAGCCUUCUACUACCAGCGCGAAGUAGUAGGUGACUCUAAUGGUGCAACUGCCCGGCCGUAUGUCGCGAAGCUUGCCCCACUGUUUGAAAUCGUCAAGAUCAGCAACAGCCGUUAUCAGAAAAAGUUCCUCGCCAAUCUGUGCGCGAAGGCCGAUUUUGAGUUGAAAAAGCUUGAUGCCUCUGGCGAUCCUCCAGAGCAUCUUCUCGUGGCUCGUUUCAUUGCCCAGAAUCUUGCGUAUUUCGAUUACGCCCAGCUAGCAGAGCUGCUGCCAACUAUUGGCUGCCUUGAACGGAUUGUUUCCUCCACUGGCACUGUAGUAGCUCAUGCGAUCGAAACUGACCUUUUCCCUACGCCCAUUGGCCCGCCAGUACUGGAUACGUCGACAGACACCGCUAGUGUGAGCCUUGAUGUAUCAGCUCCAGCCGCUGCGAUUGCGCCGGACUCUGUGGAUCCUCAAACUCUGCGGCUGCUAGCUACUGCAGCCGCCUCGCUGUCGAUGCUAUGGGAAGCUCGAACCCAUUUGCGUCGUUUAUACGGUCUGAACUCUCAGCAGAGAGACAAGGAUGGGAAAUCCAAGCAAAGUGCAAAAGAACUGAACAAAACGGCCACGAAAGUGAACGGCGUGACUGGGGAACGAUUCUGGGAGGCCAUUGUGAGAAAUGUCGCUUCACUCAACAGCAGAGAAGCUAUGCUUAGCAAAUGUCGCGAGUUCUCGACUCUCCUUGCCAUAGACGAAGAAUUCAAGGUCGACCAGGAGAAUGGUGGAGAAAGCGAUCCCUACGACGGCCUUGGGGAUCCCGACGACGCACCUGGAGUACUCGGUUCUCGCCCGAUGAAACGAAAGAGUUCUAUGUCAAGCCAUGGUCUCAAUAAACGACCUAAAGCACGGAACGGUUCUGUCGGCAAAUAG